AUGGAUUUCCGCACAAUGGCAGAAGCCUUGGAUAUUCCAAAAUCUACUCUGCACGACUGCUUCGCUGCUGGCAUCAUUGUCCGCAAACACUCGUCGUUGAAACCGUUGCUGACCCCCGAAAACUUGCAAGCAAGAAAGCAAUACGCGCUCGCCUUCACCGAUGUCAUCUCUGGCUCUGUCGUUUUCGACGCCAUGAUGGAACUAGUCUUCUUGGACGAGGAAUGGUUCUACCUGCGCAAGGUACCAUGGGAGGAAGUACCAAAGUUGUCGACCAAGAACAAAAGUUUCGUUCCAAGUGUCAUGUUCUUGACGGCAGUUGCACGGCCGCGGGUCGACGACGGAAUCCAGUUUGACGGCAAACCUGGUAUUUGGCCCUUCGUUGAACAAGUCGCUGCACAGAGGCGCAGCCACCGGCGCGAGGCAGGAACGUUGGAGACAAAGUCCGUAGCGUUGCAGCAGAAGAUGCCAGCCUACACUGUGGACGAGUUGAUCAGCAACGUGAACGCCGCAUAUCUCAACGUAUCCGAUGAGUCACUCGACAACGUGUUCUACACGUUGCAGACUGUGUAG